GGAAGACUAGCGCGUGCACUCGAGCGCCAGUUGUCAUUACAAAAGUGCGCCGCGUCGCGUGGAGACGUAAAAAUGCGCUUCGCUUUGUUUGGUUUUAAUCUAAGCACGUAAAGCGUUCACAGAUCCAAAUAUACAAGUAAGACUCACGAAGAGGCCAGAUUUCGUACAUGCAUGCAUACAUAUCAGCACAAAUGAGCAAACAUAUGUUUGUAUAUCUAAGAGUUGGUAAGUAUCUACAAGAUACUCGCGACCAGUCCACAACCGUCUGCUUCCACGACUGGCCAUCGUACUUUGCUUUCGUAUGCAAAUAAGUCAAAGUCCAUGGCAAAAAUAAUAAUAGCAAAAAAAUUAUAUGUAGUGUAAAGAAAACAUUACAAUUGUCAGUGUACAUAUGUAUAUGAAAAAGUUAAAAAAAAAAAUAAAUAAAAUAAAAAACAAAAACAAAACACAUUUCACCAAACCAAAACAAUUGUAACACACAAGAAGCAGCAACCAGCAUUUAAAAGAGUCGAGUGCGUCUCUUUGUGUAACAAGCAUCAAGUGACAAGCGGCUGUUUCCAAAAGUAAAAACACCGGCAGCAAGAGCUAAAUUGCUAUGAAAGAAAAUUUAAAUUAAUAACAAUAAUAAUAAUAAGAAUAAUGAAUGUAUAAAUAAACAAUCACUUGCUCUUCACUUCACGGCUGCAAUAACAACUGGGUUAUUUACUUCGAGAUUUGACCUUAAAGCAGCUGCAGCUACUUCCUCAGUUAUAUGAAUGUGGAUAGAGUAAUUUUCUUACUGAUUUAAAUGCAACGAAUCGAAAAAAUUGAGAUACACCACUUCUUAUAACAGCGAAAACUUAAUCAACGCGCCGAAUGACAAGCACUGCGAGGCUUCUAAGAGCCGCUGUCCUUCACUGAGUAGUAGUGACUCUGCGGUCGAAACGAGUAAGGGCUGCUGUUGUCCGAGUCACGCGGUUAACUCGAAAUCGUGUUGGAAAACCAAGCGAAAACAGAUAAUUCGGCAAAGUUCACAUGCUUCUGGUUUAAACGAAAACGCUAGGACAACCACAGAAACACCAGCGCAAUCCGUAACAACAACAGCAACAGCAGUGACAACAUCACAAUUGGCAAUAUUUCGCGGCCGAUAUGCAAGCUGCGGCGAGUACACGCUUCUAGCAGGCCCACGAGAUGUGCAACAGAAGAGCGGGCGUGUGAACAAAAAGGCCUCGACAUCGCUGCCAACAACGCCGAACUUGAGUCAGUUGCGACGACCGAAGCCGGUGCAAUACCAGAAGCUAUCGCUGGAGUCCGCUGAUGUCGAUAAUGUAAGACAGCUGCCGCAGUCGCUGGGACAGUCGUAUGUAAACAGCCUGCCGCAGCUGCAUAUUGCAACAAGAAAAUUGCAAAAUACGACAAGCGAAAGGGGCUACACGCUGUUGGGGCAACAGUACGAUCAAACGCACCAACUAGCACGAGAGCAACAGCAGCAGUCGCUGCCGCUGCAAAAACAGCAAAUGAUCAUCGGCAAUGUACUGCCGGCAUUGGCAGUCCAUGGUGAUGACACCAAUAAAGUGCGGCAUGUACUAGAAGCAGCGCACACAAAGCAAAACGACUUUAUAUAUACGAACACUGACAACAACAAUACUAAGAACGAAAAUCUGAAUGAGAGCGCAUCAAUUGAACAACUUCCCACUUUGACGCCUACCGCAUUGACAACAAGCGAAUUGGCAACACAACCACUGAUCGAUCAAUACGCCAGCAGCCAGCCGAACGAUCAGAAUAAUCAAAAUAAUGGCCACGCGCCCUUAUUAUUAUCGCGAUUGCCAACUCACAUGCCACUGUCGACACCGCAAUGCUCAGUUAGUCCAACGUCGGCACCACAAACGACUCAAUCCGCCAACUCGGCCAGCUCGACCCACUCGACAGUUGUUGCCAAAAACACGCUGGCCUUUUGUGAGCAUUGCUGUGCAGAAAGAGCUAGCAUGGCUAGCGGUGAUUAUUCUCAAGGCGCAUACGCCGAGCGCAAGCGGAAUUUCAGUGGUGAGGACUACGCGCGAUGUUAUCGCGAGAACACCGAUUCAGUCUCCGAUCUGUCGUCGUACCGAUUCGUUUCCGAUGAGGAUGAAGUAAGCGCGUGCAACGCCGCUAACCAAACUGCUGCCACAGAGGAAAAUUCCAACAAUAAAACUAAACUUUACAAUAUCAAAAGAAACAACAGCAAUAAUAAUAACAAUAAUCUAGCACAAGACAAAAUAUUAACCAAAAAUUGUCGCGUCUUAUCCCCCACACCGUCGCGCAAGCAAACGCACUCGCAUUCGUGUUCGUGUACGUCCCCGCCAACGUCGCCGCCGUUGUCGCCAUCAUCGUCAGCGCGAACGAGUAGUCUGUUGCCAACAUUGUUGUCACCCGUCGCAACACAAACAACAAAAACAACAGCGACGCGUCGUGUUUCCCCCGCCAUUUGUUGUUAUACAAUUGACAAAUCCGUCAGCGUACAUUAUAACGCAACUGUUUCGGAAUACAUACCAAAUGAAACCAAUACAUUUUUAGUAACACCCACGUCGGGGCAGAUAACCGCACCAGCUCCUGUGCCAAUUCGUACCACUGACACUGCUAGGAGCGCCUAUAUCUUACCGCCGGAAGCGCGUGACUCAGGUGAAUACCUAUGCCAAGAGGUGCUUCUAUCCACGUCCUUACCCAGCGAUUAUGGUAAUGUGGAAAGCGCUGCCAGUCACUUGAAGCAAACGCUACAGUCGUCACAAAAAUAUAAGCCACCGCCGCCAGAGCCACCUCCCAAACCAAAGCACGAAGCAAGAACCAUCUAUCAGACAGCAAUUUAUUCGAGUUCAAGUGCGUCAGUACAAGAUCAACAGAGCUUGUUGGAGACGCGUUACCAUAACGGCGAACAGAUUUGCAGCAAUGGUCAAAAUAUCCAAUGUAAGGUAAAAAAGUUUGAGCAUCCAAGCGCCUCUUUUUGUCCCAAAAACGCUGGAAAUCAUACGCUUGACGAGAUUUCGAACCGAACCGGGGCACGUUGGUCACAAUCGUUACGCUCUCUUGAACGCUCCAUUUCGCCAGAGCACUGCGAGCUUUUGAGUUGCUUUGGAACGGUUAAAAAUACUCGAAGCGAUUCCGCCAACACCAUAACAAAAAUAAAUAAGCACGACGAGCGACAAGCAGAUGACGCACGGCGAAGCAAAGAAAAUAGCCGCCACGGUGAAGGCUGUUUAAAAAGAAACGAAAAAGACAAAUACGACGAAAAGGAAACGAAAUUUGUCGCUCGUAGCUUAAGCGAAAGCAGCUGUUCGGUGUCGGUGGCAACGUCGAUUGCCAAUGAAAAGUGUGCCAUCAAAACCAAAAAUAAUCACGAGCAACAGGCGCAAGCACAGGCACAGCUACCACGUCACCAACAAAAGCAAACACCCGUCCAACCACCAACACAACCGCCACAUCACCAUAAUAAUAUUAAUAAUAAACGGCGUAAUUGUGGAGACUCCGAGCAAACUCAACCGAGUGCAGCCAACGGGAAAAAAUCAGCGUCGACAAGUCUUAAUACUGUCGCCACUGUAACUGAUGGUGUGUUCGACGCGGCUGACACAUUUGACACGCACACCGUGUUCAGUGCUGGCAGCAGCGCCUGUGGGGAGUGCAAUAACAACUACAACUGUAGAGCAAGGAGUCACGCGGAAUAUACGCGUUCGGUGCCCGCAUCAUCUGCAUAUCCUUCUGCCGCAAGUUCGGAGUCGUCGUGCCAAAGUUCGCAGUCAUCAGUAGCCUACUUAACUUCGCCGUUACCGAAACAUACGCUGCGCUACGAUAGUUAUGGCCGUUUAAAGUUGGAACGUGUUUCGCGCCUUCCCACCAUAACUGGGUCACUAGCCAAUGGUAUCAAAGCGGCUAGUGAGACGCGUCUUCAUCGUGCAUAUCAAAAUGCCUCCACCACGUCUAAAUAUGACUUGCCCUCAUCUUUGUCGACCACAAAUACUAAGCUAACACCGACUUUUUGUCGUAAACUCAAUUAUUUAAGUGACAAAUUCGAAGACUGUGUAGCCGAAUGUGAAGAAUUGGAGUCAGAAAUUGAAUCCAUAGUUGUUGAAAGUGAGAACCCCCAGCAAGAAGAGCGGGAUAUUAUAGAAGAAGUUGUGCAAAACCGUGUGCCAGCUGUUAACAAUGCCGAACAAAUUUCGGCGGCAAUAGAAGCAAAUACGACAGAUGUAUCGCAAUCGACGUCUGUGCGAAAUGUCUGCACUUGCCAUGCGUUCGACAAAGAAUUGCAUUUGAAUUUUACAAAGACAAUACCACCACAACAACAGAUCUAUAAAUCUUUAAGUGAUACUCAAAAUUUUGUGUUGAUUCAUAAAGAGAACCAAGAAAAUAACAAUAACAGCAAUAUAACUGAGGGUAAAUCAAAGCGCUUCUUUAGUGACUUCUCGCUGAAAUCGAAUUUUGCCGAGUCAGAUAGUAAUUUGCCGUGUCGGUGUUCUAUUAAGCAACUUGCUUCAUUGACCGCAGCGGCUUCUCAGACUUCGCCUACAUCACCGAUCUCAUUAAAGUCGCCGAGAUCUUCUGGUGGCUUGAAUCAAAAGAAUUCGCAAUCUCUGCCAAGUGUUCCACAGUCGAAUGGUAUACAAAGUCCAUUAUGGCUUAGUAGUGAGACCAUUGAAUCGUCGCGCGUGUCCGAGCAAAAAUCUCUUGUCGACGAUUUGCAAUCGAAUUGUAGUGAUCAGACAACCAUCUUUCAUUUGGAUAACGAGUUUUCACGUUCUGCUACAUCUUUGUCUUCGACUACACAAACUGCUACUGAGAGUGGUGGAAACACUCUACACAAACCUAUUGUGCUCAAACGCAUUCCAGCCAUACACUCGUUUGGGUAUAUUCCGUCGAUCGAAACAAGUUUGCUGGGUGCUAAUGCGCCUGAAGACGACAAACGGGAGAUUAAUAUGGAGAAGCGUAGGAAUACUUUGGAUCGUUUCCAACGUUUGGGUUUUGGUCGGAAAUCGACUCCAGCAUCGAGCGGUGUAUCAGCGGACGGCAGCAGUGGCUCUUUGCGAAAUCGAAAAUCGAACGAAAAAUCCGAAAGACUAAGAGAAUUAACUGAGCUAUUGCGCGGAAAUAGAUCCUCACCAACUCCACCGCCCAUACCGCCGCCACGUAAGCCGCGUAAUGGAUCACAUUCGGCUUCGAAUAGUUUGGAGCGGGCUGACACACAGAUGCAUGCGCCUGCAGUGAGGACUGCUUCUGCCGGCACCUACUCCAUUGAAAGUACCGAACCUCCAACGUCAUUCAUAUCAAAUCGCACUGAUGAUAUCAUGUUGAUGGACCAGGAGGAGGACAAACUUGCAGGCAAGAUGAAAUCAGGUGUUGGCGAUUGUGCAAACCAAAUCAAUAAUUCCUCGACUGUGACAACAACAGCUGCAGCAAAAGAUGUAGCAAUGCAAACUGGAGCAGCAGUGGCACACGCGUCAACAAACCGUCUAUACGAUACACUCAAACCGAAUACGAGUCUGUCGAAUUUCGAAUCGUUAAUGUCGAUGAGCAGAGAGAAAUCAAAGUCGCCGCCGCUGCGAUCUUCUGCUAAUAUCACUGCGAGUAGCGUUGUGAGUGCGGACGAUGCGCGGCUGGCCGACAGUUCAGGUAUAGCUACGAAACUGACGAGACCAGAAUCUCGCACGGUAAUCGGUUCAUAUGCCCAAAAGGGUAUACCGUUUCGGUCGGCGUCGUUUUCACAAAUUGACCUUUCGUCUGGAAAGUACAAAAAGUCUUCGUGGAGCGCAUUGCGUGAUCGGUUGUGGCGUGACAAAGUUGUUGGAUCAGUUGAUUCAGCGACCAAUACGAAAAAGCCAAGUAGCAGUGAAGAGACGAGAAACGCCUUGAUUUCUGCAGUGGGAAUCGAAGGGAAAGUGAAGUCCGAACCCGAUUGGAUUUACAUUCCAUUGAAGAAGAAAUCCGAAAUGAGUAUUAAUUUGAACUACGGUCAGGAUAUGAAGAGUUUAGAAAAUGUUAUGGAAUCGCCAGAUAUUAUACCGGAGGAAGAUAUAUUUAACACCGAUUUAGAACAUGCAUCGACUACUACAGAAGACUGCAAUGCUAUGGUAUUACAGCACAAUCUCGUUAUUGCACAUGCGAAAAUGGAAUCGCUGACAGAUACGAUACAAUCUGAAAAUGACUACACAAUUGACGCGAAAGAAGUUGCAGUCACCAUUGAGCCAGUGCCUGCUGUUGUGGAGGCGGACGAGGGUGCAGUUGAAAAAGCGAAAGUGAUUGAACAGCCGACCAUUCUUGAACCCAUUAACGCCGAUCUUAUCGAACCAAACGUAGCCAUGUUAAUGGAAGAAAGAAUCGCGUUGGAAUCUCCGCCAGACAAUUUCCUGCAGACGGCUACUACUUGCCUAAUACCAGUGUCAGUGUAUGAAUGUGCUGCACAGGAUUGGCGCUUGGAGAAUCCACCACAGGAGUGGGUGGAAGUGCAACCUGAGGAGUUUGGCAUUAUACCAGAAACAAUAGAGCCACUACACUCACUUAACGAUUGUGUGAAUGUGAAACCUAUACCAAAAACAGCGCUGGAGUAUCAUAUGGAAAAUGUACCGACGAUCUCAGUUAGCCGUUCCUCUGAAGAAGCAGAUGAUAAAUGUAUAUUGCGUAGAAAAGAGACGUUCGACGAGGAGUUCAGUGAUCUCGUAGAGCGGCGUCAAGCUUCAAUAGAUACUGCUGAGCUCAGUAAUCGGUAUAGCCAAGACGAUUUAGAUGUCGGAACGGAGAAGCGAGCAUCUUUCGAUGCAAUCACUACACGGCACAGUGCAGAUGAGCGUAAACGUAUCGAUAAGUCGAAACGACGGAAGGGUAUGUACAUUGACAAUGCAGCGUGGAAUGAAGCUGCUAGUGUAGAAGCGCACAAUAGAGGCCUGGCACUGGACAUUCCAUUAGCUACCAACUUGAAUGUGAUUAAGCUGAAUACAUCGGAGGAUUGUGGUAUUAUGUAUAUUAAUAGUCCGCCCACUGAUGAAAAUAGAACUCCAGGUUCGUUAUACUCACCUGAAGUAAAUACUCCCGAAUCCGACAAGCCACUAGUUUGGACAAAAGCUGAUCGGCUUACUAGUUUUAGCUUGCAAAGUUCCGAGGAGAAGGAUGAAUUACAGGGCGGGAGCCUUAGUGCGGGUAGUGGCAAUACUGCAUUAGAUGGUAUUUCUCGCAAUAAUAAAAGUUUUCCUUUUCUACGCACAGACUCGGUGUCUGACAACGAGAGCGAUCGAGGCGCAUCGCAAUGUCGCGAACAUGCCAGUCCCAGCCCCGUUCCAGGGGACUACGAUUUUAAACGAUUUUCCAAACGACCACUACGUGGACCAUAUGGCCAAAUGUUGGAGAAGGAAAUGAAAAAGCCUAAUAAAAUGCACUUCGAGGAAAUUUUAGAAGACCUUCGUGAGUCCGAGAUCACAUCGCAACCACGUCGCCCACGUGUCGCCUAUGAUGACUCCAGCGCCCUUGCAAUGAAUACAGUGCGCAACAUACCUCAACAUUCUAACUCGAUGCGAGUUCGCAAGUCGAAUACCUACCUGCCCGUUCCUGCUCACACUCGUGCUGCGUCCACACCUUCCAAAAUAGAGAAUAUGAAUAAAGAUAGCGGUAUCGGCAGCUUGGAUAAGAUAAAUCCACAUGAGAAACGCUAUCAAAGCACUUUGGAUAACUCCGUGACGCGCGAUGAUAAGAACUAUCUUGAUGCAGGUCAUCAUUACGCCCACCAACAUCAUAAUCAGCGUGAAAUUAAACGCGCAGCCUCCGAGACUCCGGUCCAGAAAAACCAUCACAGUAAACGCAGUCAGUCUAUGAGUGGUGAGAAAACAGCUUCAGGCGGAAAUCACAUAGCACAUCAAGCGAAGCGAAGCCUCGACGCGACCACUGGGGCAAGUGCCAAGUCCAAAAGCGGUGGGGCUAAAAACUCGACUGUGGUGCCGUCACAGGAGCUGCUGGCCGAAUUAUUAAAAGGCUCUAGCGAAAAAUUGAUAUCUGAGCAGAGGAAACAGAUGGCUGCGGACACACGUACACAUGUGGUGCAAGAGAUCUUACGCAAUGAACAGUCAUAUGUAGAGUCACUGCAAAUAAUUGUCACAAAAUAUUUCAAGGUACUCAAGUCUCCCGAACAUGCUGGCAUGAUCGACUCUCGCACGGUGGAUGAGAUAUUCUUUAUGGUACCCGACAUACUGGAAAUACACCAAAAAUUUCUGGCCGAGUUGAAAUCGCGUUGGGAUAGUUGGGAGGCAAACCAAAAAGUCGGUGAUGCUUUCCUGGAAACGUUUUCCAAGUUGGAGGUUUUGGAGGUGUACACAUCUUUUGUGAAUAACUGUAACCGUGCCAAGAAUGCUAUCCGCUCUACGAAACAUCAGCGACCCUCGUUUGCGAAAUUCUUAGAAAUGACCGCACGUGAGCACAAAGGCAAAUUGACGCUGGACAAUUUGCUCAUCAAACCGGUGCAGAAAUUUCCAAAUUACGAAAUGCUCUUUCAAAGACUCAUAAAACACACCGAUCGCGAUCACCCCGAUCAAAAGCAUCUGCAGGGCGUGCUCAAACUUGUUCACGAUAUACUUGUCCAUAUCAAUUGUAAAGAGCGUGAAAUUCUUGAAAAUGGGCAACGCGAGGCGACUUUGCGUGAACUUGAGGGUGUUAUCGAGGGUAUAACAGAUCUGAUAACACCCGAUCGACAGUUUUUACUUUUUGAUUUGGUUUCGAUGCCAUCGGGUCAAGGCGCGCGCAAAGAGCGUGGCUUCUUUCUCUUUAAUGAUCUAUUAGUGUUGACAAGCAUCAAGAAACGCAGCGGCACAAUACGAAAGCCCAACCCUUCUACCUGCCCAGGUACCGUGGCCUCCACACUCGAUACCAACAAAUAUAAGUUCCUUACUAAGAUCUCGCUGGAUUGCUUAGAAAUCGUGAAGACUAAAGAUGAAAAUGUGAAGCGCAUAAUGAACGAAAUAGAAAAUUUAGCCGAAGACUGUAAUAAGUUACAACAAAUCGCUGAUAUCACUGCAUCACUCAAGUAUCCACACCAGUACCUGGAGGAUGUCAUACGUGAAUUACUGCGAGAUGUACAGCGUCAGCUAUCGGAGCGUCAGACCAAUGACACACAACUGAAUAUGCUGGAUCUACUGGUUAACUCACCGAAUGGAAGUCAGAAACUCUCGAUCGUCUUCAGCAAAGCUGAGAAACGCACACAGUGGGAGGAGACCUUCAAUGAAGCCAAACAGAAGUUGGCCGCCACUCUUGAGCGACAUCCUAUUCCAGAAUUUCUGAUGUCCAUACCGAUACGUAAAACCCGCGCUGGACUACAGUUCACUUGCGCCGCAGCAACGCUCAGCGAAAAGCGUGACGUGUGGGUGUGCAACAGUGAUGGCUAUGUGGGCCAAGUCUGUAUCAUGUCCCUCUACCCAGAACCGAAUGUCACUAGCUGCAAUGGUGUCUGCAAUGCCCGCAUACUUUGUGUAGCCUCCGUACCCGCCUACAAUUCGAGCAAUAGAAAUUCCACAGGCAGUGGAACGCAGCUACAACAACAAACGCUCCCACGCAGCGCCAGUACUACACCGCUGCACAGUUACACACAACAAUUGCGCGAUUAUCGCAAAAGUAUUUCUCCGAACUUCCAGCCGCCCACAGUAAUUGGCACACCGGAGAAGAAGAAAACGCCAUUAGCACCGGUAGCGGGAGCGGGAGCGGCGAAGUCCAUUGGCGCCUGUGUUGGUAAGGACAGUGCAAAUGGUGACGCUAGCGGUGACAACCAACUGGAUUUGAAUUUGAGCUCUAGCGAUGAUGAAACCGAUACAGCUCUAGCGAACGCUAGCGGCUCUGUUGGCGCCAUGUGCAACACUGACAGUGGCAUAAUCGAACGCGUGCCAAGUCCGGCUCCCUCAACACAGACGGUCGCCUCGAUGACAUUGCCAGGUAGCAGCAGCAGCGGCACUCCAUCGCACCACUCACAUCAAGACUCGAAUCCGGAUGAAGGAGAGGGCAAUCUAUCAACAAUGUGGAUCGGCACAGAAGACGGUUGCAUUCAUGUCUACAAUAGCACCGAUAAUAUACGCAUCAAGAAAAACCGCAUAAAGAUCGAACAUCAGUCGGCUGUGUAUUCCAUAUUGUACCUGGACAACAGGGUUUUUGUCUCUUUAGCUAAUGGUGAUAUUUGUGUUUACUUGCGUGAUGGUGUUGUCUGGAAUACCAGUUCGUCGCAUUGUCUUUCAAUCGGUACUGUAACAAGUCCCGUUACAAAGUUGCUGAAUGUGCACGGAAAACUGUGGUGCUCCAUACAAGGCAUCAUAAAGGUUUUAGAUACGGAGACUUUGUUGGUGGUAAACCAAAUACAAAUCUCAUCUGAUUCGAAACCUAUUACCAACAUGACGGUGUCGAAUAAUUACGUGUGGAUUUCGAUACAAAACUCGGCACAUAUCAAGUGUUUUCAUUCCAUGAGCCAUCAGUUAAUAGCCGAAGUUAACUUAGCGCCAGCUGUGAAUAAAAUGCUUUCGAAUUGUGAUGAGAUUAUACGCCAGCACAAGGCUGCCUGUUUGCGUGUCACAUCGCUGCUGUCCUGCCGCGAUCUCAUUUGGAUUGGUACCAGUGCGGGUGUGUUGCUCACCAUACCGGCGCAAGGUUUUGAGAAGGGCGUACAAAAUGUGGUACCCACUGGCAUUCCACACGGCCACACCGGACAUGUGCGUUUCCUGACAUUCGUAGAGACGAGUGGUCUCAGCUCAGAAGGCAGCGGCAGCAGUACAGGGUCCACGGGACGCGAUAACGAAAAUGCUGUAAGCAGCAAUGAAUACAGGAGUCAUAGUUCCACGAAGCAUAUGAAACCGAAAUCGGAAUCGAGUACCAUACUCGUGAUAUCCGGCGGUGAUGGCUACGAGGACUUCCGCAAUUCGGGUGCAAAUUCGUUAAGCGAAAUCGCUGGCCGUGAAGAUAGCACCAAUCAUUUACUGAUAUGGCAAAUUUGAAGUAGGCGACGCAAGAACCGUUGGAAGGAAUUGCUUUCACGGUGGAAAAACAACAACUAGUGGUGGCAGCGUAGUCCGGGCGGUUACCGGCGAAAGCGUGGAAUCAAUCGACACACAAGCACGAGCAUCUAAAAUGCGACGUUGCAGGGACGAGCGAUUUUCACGAAUCAGGUGCGAUAUUUUAUUGCGUAACCAGCUUCGCGGGAGCCGAACGGUCACUACACAAGGAUAAACACAACCACAAAAACAAACACACAAAUAAAUACGCAAAUUAACGAAGUCGUUCGUUAAUGUGGAUGGACAAUUUAAAAUUUGCCAUUUCUAGCAAAAUUUGCGAGAGAAUUAAAUUUUUUUACCUUUUUGGUUGGGAAGAGUGCGCAAAUUGGCGAAAAUGGAAAAUGUGAGAUCGACAGUUGACUGUUGCAAUUUAGCACUGAUUACUGAGAUUAUAACUGCUGAGUAACUCACAUACACACACACCUUGGCGUCUAUCGUUGACGGCACUUGCGUCACGUGUGCCGAAUCCAAAAUAACAAUUCGAAAAGCGAUCGUGCAAAACGUUUUUAUCGAUAAGUGAAUCAAACAAUAUUUGAAAUCGUGUGUACCUACAUACAUAAAUACAAUUAUAUAUGGUAUAUGUAUGUGCUAAUACAUAUGUAUAUGUAUACAAGUAUAUGUUAACUGUGAAGUGUUUAUUUAUAAUAUUUGAGAAUUUGCAUAAAAUCUAAAUCUCUUUGCUCCAUUCUAAAACAGCUAAUUACAAACAUACUCGUACAUAGCUGCAAUACAUACUUACAAAUAAAGUUAAGAAGAAAAUUCCUAUACAUAUAAAUAUAUACAUAUUACUUGCAUACAUACACACAUAUUUUAAUUACAUUUAUAGAUUAAAUAACAGCACACACUUUUAUAUAGAACAACAAUUAAAUACUUGCGUAUACACACACACACACGUGUGUACAUGCAACCAAGGCAAAUGAAACAUGCAAAAACCGGAAAUAAUAAAAUUUAUUGAACUGAAACUGAAUAAUGUGCCAAAAUGUGUUUCUUUUGCUAUAACAAUUGUAAAUGAUCAAUUUUCAAAAAAUAUAUAUAACAUAUAUACAUACAUAGAAAUACAUAUAUAUAUAUAUAUAUAUUUAAAUAAAAUGUUCAAUGGCGGCGCAUACAUAGGCAUAUUUGUAUGUUUUGGAUUUAGACAAAUCAGCUCGGACAGCUCCAACUUGUGGGAGUUGUGCGUGAAACUAUUUUCCUUAUUUAAAAACAAAAACAAUCUUUUUGUAUAUUAAGCAACUUAGAAACGUAGCAGAAUGUAUAAACUAUAUAUAGUACUUAAUAACUGUAUACAUACUACUUACAAACAAAUUAAUUGAGAACAAACAAAGCAAACAUAAAUACCUAGAAAAAUUAUAUUUAAUGGCUGCAACUGCAAAUGCCCGGAAAUAUAUUUGAACCGAUUGAACAAUAAUUAAAUAAAUCUACUAUUUAAGAACUAUUUACAAUAAACAUUAACUAAGGUGAAACUAACAACAAAAUUAUACUGGUAAUUCUUUAAAAUAAAAUAAUAAAUAAUUACAUAAAUUAUAUUGAAGGUUAUUAUAAUUAUUGAAGGUAUAAAGUUAAUGAAACUGUAAAAAAUAAACUCUUCUAAAAUUAAGUUUUUCAAAGAAAUGUUAUUUAUAUCUUAUAUAAGGCGUGUUGAAGAGGCCAAGUUUCGAAACUCAUAUGUAUGAUUCAGUGAGAAAUUGCAAAAGAAAUUUGGCCAAGCUGGGAAGUGGUGUGAGUUAUAUGAGAUUUCGAGAUACAUAAAUCAAAAGUAGCUGUAUUUACUUUUAAAACACUAAGUUGUGGAGUGUUAGCCGUAAAUUCAUAUGUUUAAAGGUCGUCUCUUCUGCUUGGAACUAGCGACGCGUAGCGAUUUAGAACCGAAACCUCGUUUUUCUACUAAUUAAUUGAACUUCAGCCUUUUUUUAUAGGGGUUGCGGGUCGGUGCAACCUUUUUACUUGUUAGAAAGUAAAUUUUUUGUUAUAAAUAACAAAUGAUUUAUACACAUUAAUUUACCUGAAUUAAAGUUCUGUUGAGGUUUUCGGAAAAAUAAAUGAAUGUGCAAAAAAAAAUUUAAUACAUUUAUGUGCCAAUGAGAUAGUUUGUAUUUUACGAUGUAUGUACGUGUACACACACAAAUACGUAAGCAUUCUCUAUUAAACGCAUGAUUUCACUUAUAAUGGUUUAAAUAAAAUAAUUUAAAUUUUGUUUUUGUAUUUGUUAUUUCUUAUUCUUUCACAUUUAUAUUUUGAAUUUAAUUUAUUUUUUAUUGCAUUGCUAUACAAAUUUGUAUUUAACAAUAUGUACAAAUAAAUACUUAAAUAUACGCGAUAAUACUAAGGCACUUCAGUAACUGGACAAUCGCAAAAGUUUGUGUUGCAAGUCUUCCACUUACAAUAAACUAGAAAAUUUACAACACUCACCAGAAAUGCCUUUCGCUAACUGUUCUGUUUCUAUGUUCAAUUAAAAUUAUGCUUGUUUCUUAGAAUUCCACAUAAUAACGGAGAGUAAUAAUUGUUGUGGAUAAUUAGACCUCAAUCAUCCAUUUAGUUGCUGAUACUUAGCAGUUGCGAAUGCACCUAAUUUUUAGGUUAUACUCAUUGGAGAACUACCGCUACCGACACCUAGUUCACUUAGAAAUUCAUAUAACAAAAAUAUUAGAUCUAGCUUUUUCUCCUACGAUGGUUUGGCCAUGCUUUUAGUUUAAUGCACGAACAAAGCAAUAAAGCUGCUUACAAAUUCAUGGUUGUAGCUGUAAGCAAAAAUAACUAAUAUUAUGAUACCAGAUAUCAUUAGCAUUAAUCAUACCUGAUGUUAACUAUGCUGUACUUUACUAUCUUUAUGCUUUUCUUCGGCAAGAUGCAGUGGCGAUAUCGGGUUCACCGAAAAAUCCUUUUUAUAAUGCCGAAGGUAAUUUUGAAGCAUUAAAUAAUCAGACAAAUUUAUCAGCUUUCUCUUUGGGGUUUAAAACAUUUAGUCCGACUAUUUAUGGGAUAAAAUCGCGCCAACAAUUAAAAUAGUUUAGUCAAGAACCAAAUUCCUUUGGGAGAAUAUAUACCAUAUAUAAGCACCUUUGCAGUAAAGUUUCUGUUUUUUGAUCCGAAAACAUCGAAAUUGUGUUUUCAUAUUCAACACUAAUAAAUGAUAUAUCACUUCAAAGGCCAUCAACUCUAUUUAAUCUGUGUAGAAGUGCUCUGUGGAAUCUGAAACUCAAAAGAAUGUCUGCGAACGAAAUAAAUAAAUAAAUAAAUAUAUUAUUGGUUAGAAUUUUUUGGUGGUAAGACAUUCAUCAAAUGGCUUUAAAGAAUCUUACCGAGUUGGCAGUUUCAAUCGAACUCAAAUAAGCGUCUGUUAGAUUAUAUAGACCUAGCUACCAUUGCAGCAUAUUAAUUUUCCUUAAAAAAUGAAGCUUUUGCUAAAAGUAUCAAAUCUUCGAAAUCUCUUAAAAGAAUGCCAUUAAAUGUGUGCUGACCGUAAAUGACCCACGUAAGCUAUGUCAACUCAUUAAAAGCGGUUUCUGAGAAGUGAUGAUCCAAAGUUUGCUCAAAUUCUUCACUUAACUAUUCAGAUUUGCUUUUUUAUUGCAACUUUCCUGUUAUAAGAGAUAAACCUUAUUAUUGCAAUAUUAAGUUUUUUCCACUUCGGCAUUCUAGUAGAUGUUUUGGUCCUGCUGGGCUGCCGGUUAUGUUGAAACACCCGUUAUUUUUGUGUGUACUCGUGUACGUACAAGUAUUUUCCGUAUCUUCAGAACUACUAAAUCAAACAAACUCGUAUGUAUAUGUACAUACUAUUUAUGUGUAUAGAAAAGAAGUAAACAAUUAAGUAUAAAAAAUUAAUAUAUUGAAGUUGGUUAACAUUAAAGAUAUUUUAUAUAAAAACUUAACGAGUUAAAUGCAUAAAUGUUUAAACAAAUACCUUUGCUGCUGAAUAAUUAAUUAAACAAACAAAUAAAACAAUCCAUAUUUAACAAACCGUUAAAUUUUAAAUAACAUUUACUGAACUAAUAUUUUACCAGUACCAAGAUGAAUAUAUGUAUAAAUAUUCAAAUACAUACAAAUGGUUGUAAAAUUGAAGUUAUAGCCGUGCAAACGAAAUUAUUUGAAAAUAAUUAAAGUUUCUUAUACAAAAAUAAACAGUUUAUUGUUUAAUUUUCUAUGAAGCAUAUAUUUGAUAUCAUCAUUUUAUUGAAACUUUUAAGACUUUACAUAAAGAAAUAAUAAUAAAAACGAGCAAAGACUUGCAAAAAAAUUAAAUAAAUUAUAAACAAACAAUUAUAACAUACCAUAUAUUAUUAUAAAUAAGAACGCAUGUUUGUAAAUUUGUAAUUUUUAACAGUAAAAGCACUUGCUUAAGGAUAUUCGUGUGUAGCAAAGUUCAAAAGCAGUUUCGAAAAUAAUUUUAAGUACUUCUAUAUAUUUUGUACUCAUAUUUUUACAUAUUUUGUAUUCGAAAUCGAAAAUCUUACUUCGCUAUAACAAAGAACUUUUCUUAUUUUCCACUUCACUGUAAUAUAUAAAUUAUUAUCUUGACUUUUUUCUAAAAUAUAUCUACUAACUUGAGCCCUACUUCAUUUGCUUUCACAACCUAAGUGCUUACAUACUCACAUGCAUAUCUGAGCUUUUCUUUCCGUUUUCACUUUCAUUGCUAACGGUAUUGGUAUUAUCCUCAAAAAGAGCAGUUUGUGCUUGUGCUUCCAAACUCCCAAUACACCUACAACUAAAAAAAGUAUAUGUACUUACACUAACAACAGUAAGCAACAAUAUAUCCAUACAUACAUAACAUAUACAAGAGUGUACAUAUGUACUUUGAGCUAUAUACAUUUGUAUGUAAAUAUGUACAAAUGCCGAUUUUCAGCAGUAACAAAGAAGUUGAGUUUACCGUUAAACCAAUAAACAAUAUUGAAACUGAAAAAUAAAUAAUAAUAAAUGUUCGAUAUUUUUGAUGUGAAUUUAUUGCAUUCAUUUUGUGUAUUUGUAAUGUAAUUAGUUGGUAUUGUAUUUAAUAAGAAGUAAUGUAAUGAUAAGUGAUGCGUUAAUGUGUUAAUUAAUAAUCUCACUUAGUAGAUACCUACUAUCUAUUUUGAAGAAGCCGAACGGAUUUGACGAAAUAUAUGUAUGUAAGUCGGUGAUUAAGUUAUUAUUGUUGUAUUGUAUAAAAAAUAAAUUAAGUGUUGUUAUAUUCUACAUACAUACAAACAUACAAACAUUUACAAAUUAAAUGCUCGCACAUAUGGAUAAUACUACAUUAAUUAAUAUGUAAAUGUGAGCUUAUGUAAUUGUAUAUUUGGAGUGUUUUGAUAAAAUUGAAAUCUAUUGUACUAUGUCAGUCCAGUUAAGAAUGUUGAGUGUUGUGAGGAGUGAAAUUAGAUUUGAUUACUGAUUUGGAAAGUGCUUACGGCGGCUGCUUAUUGUAAGAUCCGAUGAAAUAUUUAAUAAAAAAUAAAUUAAUUGAGUUGAUUUGUUUAUG